CUCCCCACUUUGAGCCACUUCACUUUACUCUGAUUCCAAACAGCAAAAUUGAAAAGGUCCUGGCGGAGGGAGCAACGCCGCCCCGGGAUACCAAGUGAUCGGCACCCCGAGUGCCCGCGGGCGGAGCCGGUACCGAUCCAGAGCCUGGACACAGACCUAGAGCCGGAGUAGGAGUCACUCUCAGACACGGCAACGAUUCGGAGCCGCGCUCGGUUUCCAACCCGGAGCAUUGGUCCCGGAGCAGCGAGCCGGGCUGACUGAGAACCCGCCUCUCCAACCCAUUCUCCCCCUUUUCACCCAAAGUUUGGAGUCAGGGAUUUAAAGCCAGACUCGUGCCCACGGACCAAAUUGAAAACAAACUUUAAAUUCCUCUCCUGAAAUCGUCUCUUCACGGAUCGAAACAAAUCCACUAAGACCAAAGAAACGGAUAUCAUGCAGAAAUGGCCAUCCGCUGCACACUGGUAAAUUGCACAUGUGAAUGCUUCCAGCCAGGGAAGAUCAACCUGCGGACCUGUGACCAGUGCAAACAUGGUUGGGUGGCACAUGCGCUGGACAAGCUCAGCACCCAGCACCUCUACCACCCGACUCAGGUGGAGAUUGUGCAAUCGAACGUGGUAUUUGACAUCAGCAGCCUGAUGCUAUAUGGGACUCAGGCUGUACCAGUGCGCCUCAAGAUCCUCCUCGACCGCCUCUUCAGUGUGCUGAAGCAAGAGGAAGUGCUCCAGAUCCUCCAUGGCCUAGGCUGGACUCUCCGAGACUACGUCCGUGGUUACAUCCUUCAGGAUGCUGCAGGCAAGGUGCUGGACCGUUGGGCAAUCAUGUCCCGGGAAGAGGAGAUCAUUACCCUCCAGCAGUUCCUGAGAUUCGGAGAAACCAAAUCCAUUGUGGAGCUGAUGGCCAUCCAAGAGAAAGAAGGGCAGGCUGUGGCAGUGCCGACUUCCAAAGCAGAUUCCGAUAUCAGGACUUUUAUAGAAGGCAACAAUCGGACACGGAGCCCCAGCCUCCUUGCUCAUCUCGAAAACAGCAACCCUUCCAGCAUCCAUCAUUUUGAAAACAUCCCUAAUAGCCUGGCCUUCCUGCUUCCAUUCCAGUACAUAAACCCUGUGUCCGCUCCACUACUUGGCCUCCCUCCCAAUGGGGUCAUGCUUGAACAGCCAAGCCUGAGACUGAGGGAACCUAACCUUCCCAUCCAGAAUGAGCGUGUGGAGAGCAGUGAGUCUGAAGUCUCUGUUUCACCUUUUCGAGGUGACCAAUCAAGCAGCAGGAAUGCACUCAGCAGCAUCAUUAACAUUGAACCCAAGAAUGAGCAGAAGAGCAUGUCCCCAAUUCACACUCCAGCUCCUGCAAACGACCCGGUCAAAUCUGACCACUCCAAAGCCAGCAUUCUGAAUGCAAAGAUUCAGAGGAUGCGAAGGAAUGGGUUGACCCCAAGGAAAGGCCGAGUGGUCUGCAAUGCCUGUGGGAAGACCUUCUAUGACAAAGGCACACUCAAGAUCCACUACAAUGCUGUGCAUCUGAAGAUCAAACACAGGUGCACCAUUGAAGGCUGCAACAUGGUCUUCAGUUCCCUGAGGAGUCGCAAUCGACAUAGUGCGAAUCCCAACCCCCGCCUGCACAUGCCAAUGUUGAGGAACAACCGAGACAAGGACCUCAUUCGAGCCACAUCUGGAGCUGCCACUCCUGUCAUAUCCAGCAUUAAGUCAAAUUUGAGUCUUUCGUCUCCUGGACGGCCAUCCCUGGGCUUCAGCUCGUCCUCAGUGGAUCCAGUUCUUCAAAGCCCACUGGUGUUCCCUUCAUUAAAAACAGUGCAGCCUGUCCCUCCAUUUUACCGGAGCCUGCUGACCUCUGGUGAAAUGGUGAGUCCACCGAACUCACUCCCUACCAGUCCCAUCAUGCCAGUGGUAGCCAGCCUCGAGCAGCCUUGUGGCCCUGAGCAGCACCCACCCACUGUCCAGGAGCUUGCAGCUGAACUUGCCCCCAAGAAAAAGUCUCGCAAAUCAAGUAUGCCUGUCAAGAUAGAAAAGGAGGUGAUUGGUGCAGCUGACGAGUUUGAUGAAGAGGAUCAGGUCAAUGAGAAUCAUGUCAAUAAUGACAUUCAUGAUGAGGAAAUGAGCAAUGGCAACGGUCACAAGGGUAUGAGUCCUGCCAUUCACAUGCACAGCAGCAGGAAGGCAGAUGAUGAGAGAAGCCUUGGUGGGUUUGAGGAUAAAAAGAUGGGGAGCAUUACUUCUGAGGAUCAUGAGCAGGACCGCGAUUUUGAGGAUGAGUCUGAAGGCUCAGAGUCUAAAAUGUGCGAUGAUGCCACAGAAAAUGAGGACCAGACACACAGAGAGAUCUUUGAUAAGGAAGAAAUGUCAAGCAGCAAGAAUGAAGACAAAGACUGCAUUUCCCCUCCUCCCCAAACCAUUAAAAUAAAGGAGGAGUUCAGUGACCCAACCUAUGACAUGUUUUAUAGUAUCAGCCAGUAUGGCUUGUAUAAUGGAGGAGCUGGGAGCAUGGCUGCCCUCCAGGAAGGCUUUGCCUCUUCUAUGGGAUAUGGCAGUCCCCAGAAAUACUCACCAGAGAGUGAACUGUGCUCCAGCCCUGACCCCAAGAUCUGUUACGUCUGCAAGAAGAGCUUUAAAAGCUCCUACAGUGUGAAGUUACACUACAAGAAUGUUCACCUGAAGGAGAUGCAUGUUUGCACAGUGGAAGGUUGCAAUGCAGCAUUCCCAUCUCGCAGGAGCAGAGACAGGAGCAAACCUGGAGAAAUUGGUGCUCAUUCAGAAAUGAAGAAUUCAUGCCAGCACAGACACAGUGCCAACAUUAAUCUUCAUCGUAAGCUACUGACCAAGGAACUGGAUGAAAUGGGGAUGGAUCCAGCUCCACCACUUGCCAAGGACCUCCGUGAGGAAUUUUUGGCCAAGAUCUAUGGUGGGCACCAUGGAAUUGGGCUGGAUAUGAGGGACGAAGCCAGUUCACCAGCAGGGACAGAAGAUUCCCACACCAAUGGUUACACAAGGGUCACACCGGAUGAUUAUAUGGUGCUGGACCUCAGCACCACUUCCAGCAUCCAAUCCAGCAGCAGUAUCCACUCAUCACGUGAAUCAGAGGUGGGAAGUGAUGAGGGGAUCCUGCUGGAUGAGAUAGAUGGGGCCAGCGACAGUGGUGAAUCCAUCCACAGAGCAGAGGUUCAGUCCCAAGCUGCUGGUUCCAGUCACGAAGCCCUAGAGGCCUCGAUAUUGCAAGCAGCAUCAACCAGCAAUGGUGGGAUCAUGUGCAUUAUCUGCCACAAAAUGUACAGCAACAAGGGGACGUUGAGGGUUCACUACAAGACAGUCCAUCUUCGUGAAAUGCACAAGUGCAAGGUUCCUGGUUGCAACAUGAUGUUCUCCUCCCUGCGGAGCCGAAACAGGCACAGCCAGAACCCUAAUCUACACAAGAACAUUCCCUUUGCCUCCAUUGACUAAUGCAGGUCUCUGCACCAGGUGACCUGAUCUGCUGAGCCUUUUUGACAUCAGGUGCUUUCUUCGCCGUUUUGCCCUCUGACCUGGGGUUCAGACACAAGGAGCAUUGUUUGGAGCUCAGUAGAUGGAAACCCCAGGUCACAUUGAAAUGCUCAUGCUUAAUUCAUCUCCAAAGAGACAGUAUAAACUAUCUGUGACUGUUGCCUGCAGAAAAAAGUACCUUCUUGUUGUCUUUGUGAACUUAACUACUUGUCAGCUUUUGAAAGAAACUUUGAUUGAGCAUGGCAGCUUCUUUUGUACAAACUAUGCCCUUAAAAGGCCAAUGAUGUCAAUUGAUUCUACUGUCAUCCUGAUAAGCCAAGGCCCUCUUUCUAUCACAUUUCUAAUUUGUGAAAUAGUCCUUUAAAGUUAUAAACAUGGAAUUUAGAAACAAAAUUAAUAUCCUCUUUUAACUGUCAGAUUUGGGAUCAGUGUAAUUUUUAUCUGCACAGAUUUGGGCAAUUGAUGCCUUGUGCUUUUCAUUUGUUGCAGGGCGCAAUCUUGAAAUUUGAGCCAGGCCUUUCAAGGCUGAUGUCAGGAAACUCUUCCUGAAAAAGGAGGAAAUAGAAAUUACAAUCUUUUGUACCUCUGGGGCUCAACAUAUAUUGCAAAACGGAGAUUGAUAAACCAUUGUUGGAUAAUUGUAACCAAGGUGGAUAGAUGGAGUUGAGAUACAGAUCAGCUACGAUCCAACUGAAUAGGGAAACAGACUCAAAGUGCCAAAUGGCCUUCUCCUCUUCCAAUGUUCCAAAUUGUUACACUCACCAGUCGGUCUAUCAGUCACCACUUCGCCCCUAUUUAUAAAUUAAGAUACAUGUAUAUUCCACAACAAUCCCCUGUCUCCUGGCCCACAAUCUCUUCUAGCCCAGAAUGCUCUGAGUUCUCUGCCCUUCUCCAAUUCUGCUCCCUGCCCUCCUCACCCCUCCCCACCACCAUGCUAGCACAUUCCCUGAUUCUCUGAGGCUCCAGGCUCUCCUCCCUCCACAAACCAUUCUGCCCCUUUUUUCCUCCCAUAUUUUAUUUAUAGGAGGUAUAUUAUAAGUUAUUUAAAACCCACCACAGUGACCCCAUAUCACCAUAUGUGUCUCAAAAUGUGUCUUAUCACACUCCUGUGAAGUACCUUAUGAUAUUUUACAUUGUUAAAGAUGCCACAUUAAUAUGUUUUCACUGUCAGAAGAUCAUAGGAACAGUUUGUGUGCAGGUUUUAGAGGAAAGUAUUUCACAAUAUUCUGAUUAAUAGAUGCCUGAAAGGCAGAGAUUCUCAUGCAUCUGAUUGUUAACUUGACUAUUUAAGAGUUACUUCAAGCCAUUAUUUAAGAACCUUCUGUUGAAGCCAGUGCUUCUUGCCUCUUCCAGACAGAAUUGUGUUGGGCUUUUUUCUCUAUGGAAGGAAGAGCUGAGAUCGGUAAUCACAAUGACAUGAUACUUUCACACCCUCUGGUCGGUAUGGCUGUCUGGGACAGAUUCACAUGAGAAUGUGAGGUUCAUUACAUUCCUUUGAUACACCACAAAACCCUUGUUCAGUUUAUAGGAUGUGAAUGAUACAGAUAGAGUCAUAAACUCGUGCCAAUCAGUACAAGCUGCCUGGUCAUUUAUUUAUGAGGAUUUGCUCAAUUUGACUAAUCGAUGCCAUACGUAUCUAAAAUGGAGCAUACCUGAAAAUCUAAUGAGAGAAUGUAUCUCUGCCCUAAAUUCUAAUACUGGAUUGCCAAUGACAAGGCAAGUUGGCAGCUAGAUCUCUGGAUAAUGGUUGUUCUCACUUCAAAAUUUAAAACUACAGCCUGCCCAUUUUCAACAAAUAAAUAAAACUUUCAAGAAGAUGGUCCAGAAUCAACCAUUGAACAGCAUUGUUGAAACAUUUAACUACAAACACUUGAUGGUUGGGAUAUUCUGAGUAAUACCCAAAUUCACCCAAAUAACAACAACUUAUAUUUCUCUAUCACCUUUAACAUAAGGAACAAUACCAAAGGGCUUCACAGGAAAGUUAUCAGUCAAAAUUUAACACUUAAGCCAGUUAAGGGAUAUCAGGCCAGGUGAAUAAAGGCUUGGGCUAUAAAGGGUAGGUUUCAAAGGUUGACUUCCAGGAAGAGAGAGGGGAAGAGAUAGAAAGGUUAAGGGAGGAAAAUCCAGAGUUUGAGCACAAACACAAGUGAUGGAACAUUUAAGUUUAGCAGUGACUAAGAGAGUAGAGUUAGACCACUGCAGACAUUUUACAGGAUUAGAAAUCCGUGGGGGAUUAGAGGUAAGAACGGGACACACCAUGGAGGGAUUUGGAAAUAAAAAGAAAUAAAUUUAGGCAUUGUUUAACAGAGUCAGCUUAGGUCUGCAAACAUAUAGUGAUGGAUGAAAUGAUUGUGCCAGUUGAGGGGUGGGCAGUGCAGUUUUGGAUACCUCAGGUUUGUGAAGGGUAGAACAAAGGAGCCAGCCAGGAGAGCAACUGAGUCGGUCAAAUUCAGGUUAACAAGUGCGUGGCUGAGACGGAUGAUAAGUAAAACAAAAAGUUCACUUUGGUUCUAUCUCCAAGUGAAUACAUCAGGGUAGAGCAGAUACCAGUGUUCAGGUUCCCUUUCCAAAGGCUGGAAAUAGCCAAUUAGGUCAGAGGACUUACUUUUAGAGUCGUUUCAAGGUCAUUGGUCCAACAAAUUUGGGGCCUUCAUUUGAUGUCUAUCAAGUCCUCCCACCCUACCUACCUCACCUGAUGUUCCUGACUCUUACCUUGCUUAUCCAACCUCUUACCUAACUUCCCAAUUUCUCACUAAAGACAUAUAUCAGUUGUCUUUAACUAAUUGAUAUUGCCCAUUUCAAUCAUCCUUCUUGGUGACUUGCAUCCCAAUUCUAAUUUACAUUGAAUGUAAAUCUUUAAGACAAUUGCCCUCCUUAUUAACAACUUGUAUCUCUGACAUUUAGUUUCCCUGGAUAACAUCACCUUGAAGGUAGAGCACAUUUUAAAAGAAAUGCUAAUUCAAUUUAGAAGUAAUGAUAGUUAUUGAACUGAAAUUCUUGCAAAUUGGUUUAAAGGAAUAUAGAGCAGGUAUAUCGCCAAUGAUGAUCAGGGAAACUGGACUUGAAGGGGCUUCCACAACACCAACUAACAUAUCUUCUUCAAUAAACUUUAAGAAAGGCCUUUGGCUCAUCAGUAUUACAUAUUAUUGAUGGUUGUUAGC